GAAUUACCUCCAACAAUUCAACACAACAAACAAACAUAACUUCUCUACGAGCUUUAGAAUCAUUUUCAUUUUCUUUUCGACCAAAGUCAAAACAUGGGUAGUAAUCCUAAGAGGCUUCAUGUUAUGUUCUUCCCUUUCAUGGCUCAUGGUCACAUGAUACCAACUCUAGACAUGGCUAAGCUUUUCUCAAGCAGAGGAGCUAAAUCCACAAUCCUCACCACACCUCUCAACUCCAAGAUCCUCCAAAAACACAUCGACACAUUCAAGAACCUGAACCCGAGUCUUGAAAUCGAAAUCCAAGUCUUGGACUUCCCUUGCGUGCAGCUCGGGUUACCAGAAGGAUGCGAAGACGCCGACUUCUUGACCUUAAGCAACAAAGAUGAUAGGCAGGACAUGAUCACUAAGUUCUUUUUGUCGACAAGGUUUUUCAAAGGCCAGCUUGAGAAUCUUCUCGAGACAAUGCGACCAGAUUGUCUUACCGCCGACAUGUUCUUCCCGUGGGCUACUCAAGCUGCUGAGAAGUUCAAUGUGCCAAGACUUGUGUUCCACGGCUUUGGCUACUUCCCCUUAUGCUUUGCUUACUGCAUCAAACUGCAUAAGCCACAACAGAGAGUUACUUCCAGUUGUGAGCCAUUUGUGAUCCCUCACCUCCCAGGGAGCAUAGUGAUGACUCAAGAACAAAUCAACGACUGCGACGAAGGAACCGAGAUGGGGAAGUUUAUGGUCGAGGUUAAAGAAUCAGAAGUGGAGAGCUCAGGUGUUGUUGUGAACAGCUUUUACGAGCUUGAACCUGAUUAUGCUGACUAUUACAAGAGUGUUGUAGCGAAGAGAGCGUGGCAUAUCGGUCCGCUCUCUGUUGUAAACAGAGGAUUUGGGGAGAAGGCUGAGAGAGGGAAGAAAGCGAGUGUUGUAGCCCUAUGCACCAUUAGGAAUAGCCAAAGAAAACGUAUUUUGGACAUUACUAGACAUGUCUCAUAAAAAUCAAAGUUGUAAUAGUAUUUAGACAUAAUAAAAAAACUUCAGUUUGGACCACUCAACAUGUAAUAUCCAAACGCGUAAUAAAAAAAUUCUACCCAUUUACAUCUUAGGGUUGAAAGUUCAUUGGUCG